AUGAACUUCUUUAACUUUGGACGACCAUCGCAGCCAGGUGCAGCCUGGCACCCGGUUGGCCUUGCUUCCGCGCUUCCUGACCUCAGCUUAGACAAUGAAGAUUGUCAGAUCACGCAAGCAUGCAAAGCUUUCACCAUCCCCAAGACAGCCGGUCCACAGGAUGCUCCGGUUGAAGCAGACAUUAAUCUACCAGGAGAAGACUUGAAAGACCAGGUCCUCGUGUUCAAGUAUAAGGGGAAAGUCCAUGCCAUUGAUCAUCAAUGCCCUCACCAAUCAUUCCCCCUUUCACAGGGUAGUCUCUUUGACAUUGAAGACUUCGGCAUCACCCUCAGCGCCGGAAUUACAUGUCCCAAGCACGCCUGGUCUUUUGACAUCUUCUCUGGGCAGGCAGACCGUGGCAACUACAAGCUUAAGAUUUGGGAGGUGCAGCUGCGUGACCCCAAGACAUCGACUGACAGCACCGACAAGGAGGUUUGGGUGAGGCGGAAACAACGAAUCGGCUAA